CCAGCCGCCUCCGCGAGCCUGCACCCUCUCAAGCCUCCUGGGACCCCCAGCCCCACCUGGCCUUGCGCGUAACUCCCGCCCACCUGCACUCCUGGCUGUCGCGCCCAGCGCCUGUCCCCUCCCUCUAACGCACUCUCUGAGUCCGGGUCCUCGCCUGUCCACCCUUCUUACCCUGCGCCAGGUCUCCCGGCCCUCUCUGGGCCACUCAUCUCCUCCGCAGGUCCCCAGGGCGGCCGGCGUCAAGCCCUUUGCCCAGGCCAUCGAACACCAUGCAGCCGCGGACGCUCGGGCUCCUGGCGCGGCUCCUGCCGCUCCUGCCGUGUGUGGUGCGCGCCCCGGACCCAUCGGCGCAGGACGUGAGCCUGGGCGUGGACUGGCUGACCCGUUAUGGCUACCUGCCACCACCUCACCCUGCCCAGGCCCAGCUGCAGAGCCCCGCGAAGCUGCGAGAUGCCAUUAAAGUCAUGCAGAGAUUUGCUGGGCUGCCUGAAACAGGUCUCAUGGACCCAGAGACAAUUGCCACUAUGCAUAAACCCCGCUGCUCCCUGCCAGAUGUGCUUGGUCCAGCAGGUCUUGUCAGGCGCCGCAGGCGCUAUGCUCUGGGUGGCAGUGUGUGGAAGAAGCGAACUCUGACAUGGAGGGUCAAGUCCUUCCCCCAGAGCUCACAGCUGACCAAGGAAACCGUGCGGACCCUUAUGAGCUAUGCCCUGACUGCCUGGGCCGUCGAGUCAAACCUCGCAUUCCACGAGGUGUCCUCCCAGCACCAGGACCCUGACAUCCUCAUCACCUUCUCCCGGGGCUACCACCAAGACAGUUAUCCCUUCGAUGGACUGGGUGGCACCUUAGCCCAUGCCUUUUUCCCUGGAGAGCACCCCAUCUCUGGAGAUACUCACUUCGAUGAUGAGGAGAUCUGGACAUUUGGGUCAAAAGAUGGUGAGGGGACUGAUCUGUUUGCUGUGGCAGUUCACGAGUUUGGCCAUGUCCUGGGCCUGGGUCACUCCUCUGCACCCGAUUCCAUUAUGAGGCCCUUCUACCAGGGCCCUGUGGCCAACCCACACAAGUACCGCCUGUCCCAGGAUGACCGUGAAGGCCUGCAGCAGCUGUAUGGGAAACUACCCCAGACCCCAGGUGACAAGCCCACAAGGAGACCCCUGGUUCCUUCUCCCCACCCCCCAGCCCUGCCCCCAGACAGCCCCUCCACACCAGUCCCUGAUAGAUGUGAGGGCAAUUUUGAUGCCAUUGCCAACAUCCGGGGUGAAACUUUCUUCUUCAAAGGAGGACCACUCACAUACCAAUCCCUGUGGAUGAGCUCAGGAGUUGGCCCACCCCCAGGCACUCUGUGGGACAGGACCUCCUGCCGCGCCAUGGCAGUGCCCUCUCCUUCACCUGCAGGGCCCUGGUUUUGGCGCGUCCAACCCUCAGGACAGCUGGUGUCCAGUCGUCCUGCCAGGCUGCACCGCUUCUGGGAGGGGCUGCCCACCUCCGUGAAGGUCAUCCAGGCUGCCUAUGCCCGCCACCGAGACGGCCGAAUCCUCCUCUUCAGCGGCCCCUGGUUCUGGGUGUUCCGCGACCGGCAAGUGGAGGGCGCGGCACAGCCGCUUGAGAAGCUGGGGCUGCCCGCGGGCGAGGAGGUGGACGCAGUGUUCUCUUGGCCACUUAACGGGAAGACCUACCUGAUCCGGGGUCACCAGUACUGGCGUUACGACGAGGCCGCCGAGCGCCCCGACCCUGGCUACCCCCGCGACCUGAGCCUCUGGGAAGGGGCGCCACCUGCCCCGGACGACGUCACCGUCAGCAAUGCAGGUGACACCUACUUCUUCAAGGGCGUCUACUACUGGCGCUUUCCCAAAGGCAGCGUCAAGACCGACCCGGAUUCCCCCCAGCCCAUGGGGCCUGAGUGGUUGGACUGCCCUGCCCCAAGUUCUGGUCCUCAAGGUCCCAUGUACCCCAAAGCGACCCCCAAGUCCGGAACCUGCGAUUGUCAGUGCGAGAUCAAUCUGGCCCCAAAGUGGCGGCCCGAGCCCCUCCUGCUGCCCCUCCUGCUCCUGCUGGUCAGAGGGGUCUCCUGCUGCUGAGGGAGAGAGACAUCGGAGCCAAGCAGCCCCCCUGCCAAGGGGGCCUGAGUCUCCACUACGGGACCAACGUGGGAUUGUGAACCCCUGCCGCGCCCCAGGGUGCGUUCCUACGGCCCGGCUCCCCCGGCACCGAGUUGGGUGGAGUCCUUGGGGUGGGGAAGGGAUGCAGCCUAGACCUGACCGUCCACCCACCUGGCCUGCGCGCGCCCUCUUGGUUGCCCCAAGGACACCUGCAGGCUGGAGCCGGUCACCAGGGGGCGCACAGUAGUCCGCACUGCCCCUCACUGUCCGCCCCUUAGGCCGCCAGGGGGCGGUGCGGACCCUCCCCCUCAAGCCCAAAAGGAACGGGAAUCCCGGAGUUUGGCUAGGGAGCGCGGGCGAGGGCUCCCGCAGAGCUGGGGUAUUGGAUGCAGGACGUCCCCUUGGCGGUUCACGGGAAGGGGACUGUUCGCAGCUGCGACAACACCGCAGGACUCUCCUUUUCUCGGAACAGCCGGGCUCUCUAAGAAGUCUGUGGACUUUCCCCAGCUUCCCAUUCACCCUAUGGGGACUUUGCCUAGCGUCUGAUCAGGCCCUUAGCAGACAGAUCAGAUCAGGACCUUUAGUUGCAGCCCCUCCUCUCCUGUUUCGCAUCUUAAUCCUACAUGGUCGAAUUGGGCGUGGCGGCACAAACCUGUAAUCCCAGCAUUCUGGGAAGCUGA